UCUAAAAUAGAGUUAUCAACAAUGCCUAACACCAUAUUUUCAAAAAGAUUUUUGUAUUCUUCUUCAGCCCCAUUUCUUAUUCCACUGUACCAUCCAAAUUGAGAGAAGAGGAAAGACAUGAACUCAGGGUAUCUUACGGAUGUUGGAAUGUAAUCCAUAGCCAUAGUUACACGCUGCCUAGUCGAUCGCCAAGACGCCAAGAGUCUUGUCGAGAAUCAAGUCAAAGUCUUUAGAUGGUGCGAGGCAAGUAUGCUACGAAUCGUAUCAUUCCAAUGGUAUAGAAUAAAGAUUCAUGGAAGCUUGAAAUAACUCUACCAAGUGUUUAGCCGUGCGACAUUUAUUAGCCCAAUGCCCCGUCAUGCCACAUUUAUAACAAGUCGUCUUCCCCGAGGAUUUUGGAGGGUGAUUUAUUUGAUGAGCUUUUUGUUUGCCCUUGCCCUUAUAAUUCGAUCUAUGGACCUGUUUAUAUUCUCGAUGGGACUUGUUAUUAUGACCACUAUAAUACCCACGUUUAAAAUGCCUUCGAGGGCCACUGUGUGUUGCAUUUGAUCCAGUGGCUAAAUUAUGGCCAGAUGGACCAUAAAUCGAAGGACUAGAACCGGUGGGUCUCAAAUUGUGAUUUUUCAUCAAAAUGUCAUUAUUUUGCUCAGCUACUAAUAAUACUGAUAUUAAGUCGGAGUAUUUUUUAAAACCCUUUUCUCUGUAUUGCUGUUGUAGCAGCAUAUUAGAGAUAUGCAUAGUAGAAAAGGUUUUCUCCAACAUAUCAGCAUCAGUAACUUUUUGUCCACAUAACUUUAAUUUAGAUGUUAUUUGGAACAUAGCAGAAUUAUAGUCACUGAUAGAUUUAAAGUCCUGGAAUCUUAAAUUGAUCCAGUCAUACUGAGCUUUUGGUAAAAGCACCUUUUGUUGGUGGCCAUACCUCUCCUGUAAAUUGUCCCAUGAUUUUUUGGAUCAUCGACCAAAAGAUAUUCAGAUUUGAGACUUUCAUGGAGACGGUGACGAAGAAAAAUAAUAGCUUUCGCUUUAUCCUGGGAGGAUGAUUGAUUAUCAGCCUCAAUGGUGUCUUCAAGACCAUUAGCCUUCAAAUGUGCUAAAGCAUCAAUUUUCCAUUCUAGGUAUUUUUGCCCGGACAGAUCAAGAAUUUUGAAUUCUCUUUUGUUAAUGUUUGCCAUUGUGUAACUACAAAAAGGAAUUUUUUGUAAAUUUCAUAUAUUGUUACCUUAUAUAUAUAUAUAGUAUAUUCUAGCUAUAUGUAUGCAUAUAUUAUAUUUUUAAUAACAAUACAUUAUGUGCAAUCGAAUUAAGUAAUAUAAUCAUAUGCAAGCUAAUUUGAACAUACAAGCUAAGGAAUAUUCUUUAUUUAAGUAUAAUUAAAGAAUGUUGAGUGGAAAAUUACGUACAUAAUAUAUACAAUUUGUUUGAAUGGAAGUUUGUAUUUUUAUUAAUUUAUUUAAAUAAUGAAUACGAAGUAUUAACAAAAUUAUGUUAAAUGAUCCAUAGCUAGUAUGUAUAGUGGCUUAUAUACAAUUAUUACUAGUAUAUAUAUAAUGGAUAAAUUUGAUCAUAAAAUGAAUACAGCCAAAAUGAACUGACAUCCGUAAUCUUUACCAAAGCAUGCAUGUGAUCUUAUCAUAUUUAAAAUUACUAGUUUAUACAUAUUGACUUACUGGACAGCUUAUGUGCAGUCCAAUUUCUGACGAUCAUGCAAACAACCCGGAUAAAUGUAGUGUUCACGUGACUAAGCCUAGCUAAUAUAUUAGCAUUCAUAUCUCAUAGUCAUUUCAUAUUCUCCGUUACUUAUUCUUUCUUCUUGUUCUUCAAUCCUUUUUUUUUGCAUUUCAAAUCACAAUUCACUUCUGCUUUUCUUCUACAAAGUGCUUAAAUAUCACAAUUCAGAAUUGAAGAACCUUAAUCAAGAGGUAAACUUUUGUUCCUUCUAUUAUGAAAAAUAGUACGUAAGUUUUAUUUGGGAAAUUAAACCAAUUAGUAUAUAUACUUACGUACUUAGUAUUAUAUUUUAAUGACUUCGACAAAUUUAAAGAAGAUCAUAUCAUUCAUCGUGAUGCAUGCAACAUGCUCAUACCCGCAGGAAGAUGAUUUCUUGGAGAGUUUUGAGCAGAUUCGUGCUGAUGACGUGUUGUGAAAUGAAGAAGAUCAAGACUAAAUUUAUGAGAUAGAAAUAUAGUUAAAAAACCUCUCAAUAACUUCUUCCUAAUAAUUUUCUCAUUGUUUUUGUUGUUUUGGGUAAAGUCCGAUUCCUAUUUUAAAAAUUCGUGUACACAGUUUGGAUCUAUUCAAUUAACGGUUUCUACAGUUUUUAUUCUUUUUAAGAUUAUCCGAACUCUAACCCACCCGUAACCAUGGUUUGCAAUUGCGCAAUGCCUUAGCGCCAUGAGGCGCGCCUCAGAGUUUUCUACGGUCAUAGCGUAAAAUUGCAUUGCAUAUUGCGUUAAGGCCUGAAGCGUACGUUAUUUAGGUUAUUGCGUACGCAAUAUAGCGUGCGCAAUGAGGCGCAGGUAUGGCGUACGCAAUAUUGGUCGGUUAAUUUUUUAGUUGGCCCACCGGGCCCAGUUUUAGCUUGCGACUUAAUUUUAUAGCCUACGACAAAAAGGAAGAGGGUUACGACAUGCGACUUGCGACUUGCGAGUAUAGUAUAUAUACGUAGUAUUAUAUACACCGAUUCCAAAAUAACAGAGCAAUCCUUCCACAACAUCUACGAUAGCUUUUUUGGUGCGGUACAAUCAUGACUAAAACGAAUAAAAAUGACCCAGCGUGGAAACAUGGUGACGAAAUUCAACGAGAACGGUUAAAGGGCAAAUCUUAUAAAUAUGUAAAAUGUAAAUAUUGCCUUAAAGAGACCACGGGAGGGGUAACCAGAUUCAAGCAUCAUCUCGCCUGCACAAAACAAAAUGUAAGCGGGUGCCCGUCAGUUCCAGAAGACAUAAAAAAAUACAUGCUAUGCCUUUUGAAGUUGGGGGAGAAAACACAGGCAGUUCGGGACAGAGAUCGGGAAGAGGUUAUCAAUAGUGGUUCAUACUAUCACAGUGUGAACCCCUGUGUCGUGGAUUCAAAUGAAGGUAGCAGUAGCCAACGAGGAGUCCAGGGCCCUAUUGAUAGAUAUGUCAUCGAUGUCGAAGGUGAUAAUAAGCAAACUCCUGUAGGCGAAAAAGAAGCAAGAGAAAAGUGUUGCUCGGAUGUUGGGAGAUUUUUUUUCGAGAAUGGUAUUCCAUUUAAUGUUGCCAAUUCACCUUCAUUUAUCAACAUGUGCCGUGCAAUCGGUAAUUAUGGACGGGGUUUCAGGCCACCUUCAGCUUACGAGCUUAGCCAUUGGAUUCUAGAUGAGGAAGUGAAGACAACUGAGAAACUUGUUGAGGAGGUGAAGUCGACAUGGACACAAACAGGAGUGUCUAUAUUAUCCGAUGGGUGGAAGGAUAUGCGUGGAAGACAGUUGAUUAACUUUCUAGUCAAUAAUCCUUAUGGAACAGUAUUUUUGAAAUCAGUUGAUGCCUCAGCUCAUGUCAAAGAUGCAAAGAUGUUGUGCAAGCUUCUGGAUGGUGUUGUGGAAGAAGUAGAGGAAGAUAUUGUUACUCAAGUCGUAACUGAUAACGCCUCCAACUAUAAAGCGACUGGCAAAUUGUUAAUGGCGAAGCGACAGCGUCUUUGGUGGACACCUUGUGCGGCUCAUUGUAUUGAUUUGAUACUUGAGAAAAUUGGAGAGCUCCCACAACACAAGAAUGCACUAGCAAAGGCCAAGACUGUCAUUCAUUAUAUAUACAAUCACGGAUGGACACUGGCUUUGAUGCGACAAAUGUUAAAAAGAGAUCUUGUUCGUCCAGCUGCCACACGAUUUGCUACCGCAUACCUUACGUUGCAAAGCAUGCAUAAUUCAAAAGAUGAAUUGGAAGAAAUGUUUGUUUCUAAGGAAUGGUCAUCACAUGUCUGCUACCGCAUACCUCAUCACAUGUCUAAAACUGCAGAAGCAAAGAAGGUGAAACAAAUUGUGUUGAGGGACAAAUUUUUUUGGCCAUGCGUGGUGUAUGCAAUCAAAACAACAAAGCCUUUGUUUACUGUGUUGAGGAUGACAGACUCGGAAAAGGUCCCUGGUAUGGGGUUUUUAUAUGGUUCUAUGGAUCAUGCAAAAGAAGAGAUAGCUAAAAUCUUGGGCGGGGAUGUGGCUGCAUAUAAAGAGAUUUGGAGCAUAAUCGAUGAGAAGUGGGAAUUUCAGAUGCAUCGUGAUUUGCAUGCAGCAGCUUAUUAUCUUAACCCUCGUUACCAAUAUGAUCCCAAUAUGUCCAAUCAUCCAGAGAUUAAACUUGGUUUGUUUAAUUGUGUGGCAAAAAUGUUUCCUGAUCGAGAAGUUCAGGAGAAGAUACAUUUGCAGAUGGAUGAUUAUCGUUUGAAAAGGGGAUUCUUCGGCCAUGAUGUAGCGAAAAGCACAGUUGAUAAACGUAGUCCUGUGGACUGGUGGUGUCAAUAUGGGGAUCAAACACCUGAAUUAAUGGCUUUUGCUGUGAGGGUGUUGAGUCUUACGUGUUCGUCAUCUGCCUGUGAGCGCAAUUGGAGCACGUUUAAUCAGAUACAUACCAAGAGAAGGAACCGUUUGCAUACGCAUAAUUUGAACAAGUUGGUGUUUGUGAUGUAUAACAAGAGACUAAAGACAAAGUGGAUGAGAAAAACAUCACUUAAAGAAGACAUUGAUCCUUUAGUGAUGGAUGAGAUUCCAUCAGAUGAUGAAUGGGUUAUUGAUGAAGAUGAGACAAAUCCUGAUGUUGCUCGUGAUGAUGAUUGUGAUGGUGAAGCUAGUGCUGGACGUUCUUCAAGUCAAGAACUUGUUCGUAGCAGUGGAAAGGGCCGCGAGCAAGGACGGUUGAGAGGAAAUAGUCAAGGUCAAAAAAGAAAGCGACAUGAUAAAGGAAAGGGAAAAUUGCAUUUGAUCGAUGAAGAUGAAGAAUUGCAUAGUGAUGAUACUGAUUUCGAUUUUGACCUUGAUGAGGAUGAGGAUGAAGGAAAUGUUGGUGGUUAUAAUCCUUAUUUCAGACCACUAGAUAGUGAUGAUUCGAUUUUUCAAUCAUCAAUCUAAUAUGUUUAGGAUUAUUUUACGAUGUUUCAGAAUUUUUUGCUAUUAUUCAGGAUUCUUUUUCCUAAGAUUGUUACAACAUUUGAUUUGUUUUGAUAUUGCAUUUGCU